AUGACUCCAAAAGUCAUUGUCGUUGGUGGUGGACUAUCUGGUUUGAGUGCCGCGCACACCAUCUAUUUGGCUGGUGGAAGCGUCGUUGUUCUAGAUAAGCAAGGUUUCUUCGGAGGCAAUUCCACCAAGGCAACGUCGGGAAUCAAUGGUGCCCUCACCCGGACACAAGUCGACUUGGGAAUAAAAGACAGCGUCAAGCAAUUUUACGAUGAUACCCUGAAGUCUGCGAGAGAUAAGGCUAGGCCUGAUCUCAUCAAGGUUCUCACAUACAAGUCUGCUGCUGCUGUUGAGUGGCUUCAAGAUGUAUUCAACCUCGAUUUGACUCUUGUUUCACGGCUAGGUGGCCACACCCAUGAAAGAACACACAGAGGGCACGAUGCCAAAUUCCCCGGUAUGGCCAUUACAUAUGCGUUGAUGCAGCGACUCGAGGAGCUCGCAGAGAGUGAGCCAGAGCGUGUGCAAAUCAUCAAGAAGGCUCGUGUUACCGGGGUCAACAAGGAUGGAAACACGAUUUUGGGUGUUCAAUACGAGUUUGGCGGAGAGUCCACCGCUCUUGAAGGGCCAGUUGUUCUUGCGACUGGUGGAUAUGCUGCGGAUUUCACAGAGACCUCUCUCUUGAAGAAGUGGAGACCAGAUACCUUUGACCUCGCCUCUACCAACGGUGUACACGCCACGGGUGAUGGACAGAAGAUGGUUAUGGCGAUUGGUGGUAACGGAAUUGACAUGGACAAAGUUCAAGUCCACCCAACAGGUCUCGUUGACCCUAAGGACCCCGGCUCCAAGUGGAAAUUCUUGGCAGCCGAAGCUCUCCGUGGUGAGGGUGGUCUUCUCUUGAAUGGAGACGGUGACCGGUUCUGCGACGAACUCGGGCACAGAGAUUACGUCUCCGGCGAGAUGUGGAAGGAGAAGGACAAGGGAAAAUUCCCCGUCCGCCUACUCCUCAACUCCAAAGCCUCUAAAGUCCUUGACUUCCACACCCGCCACUACUCCGGCCGUGGGCUCAUGAAGAAAAUAACAGGCAAACAGUUAGCCAAGGAGAUCGGUUGCACAGAAGAACAUCUUCAAGCCACCUUCACGGCCUACAACGAGAUCGCAGACGGCAAGAAGAAGGACCCAUACGGCAAGAAGUUCUUCACCAACGGCCCUGUAGACAUCAACGAUGACUUCCACGUCGCCGUUAUGGAGCCCGUACUACAUUUCACCAUGGGCGGUAUCGAAAUCAAUGACCAAGCUCAGAUCCUCAACUCGGAAGGAAAGCCAUUCGACGGCCUCUACGCAUGUGGUGAGCUUGCCGGAGGUGUCCACGGCGCCAACCGUCUCGGUGGUUCCUCCUUGCUCGGUUGUGUAGUCUACGGUCGCGUGGCAGGAGACUCAGCCUCCAACUAUCUUUUCCAAAAGGCGCUCAAGGGAACUGCCGGCGGAGCGAACCAACGUCUUGGACAAAUAUCGCUGCACAUCGACCCUUCGCAACCUGGCAAAGUAUCCGUAGAAUGGGGCUCCGGCUCUGGAUCCGGCGACAAACAAGCCCAGCAAUCGCAAACCUCAGCUGGACCCGUAUUGACACAAUCAGGCGACUCGUCGGACCCAGGAAAAGUAAGCAAAGCCGGUGCGCCUGCCAAAUUCAGCGUGCCAGAAAAGGAAUUCAGCCUUGAAGAAGUGGCAAAACACAACACGAAAGAAGACCUCUGGGUCGUCGUCAAGGGCGUUGUGUUAGAUCUCACAAAUUGGCUGGAUGAGCACCCUGGUGGGCCGCAAGCGAUUAUGAAUUUCAUGGGCAGGGACGCGACGGAAGAGUUUGAGAUGUUGCACGAUGAUGAGGUUAUUCCCAAGUACGCGCCUAGUCAGGUUAUCGGGCGCGUGACGGGUCAGGAGGUUACGUUGGAGAUCUAG